AUGAUAUUUAUUAUUCAAUCCAGAACGCUGUUUAUAUUGAAGCCAUUGAUUUAUCUGGCAACUCGUUUUCUGAAAGGAGAGGAAAGCUGGGUACCUUGGACCACUGCGCUCAGCAUUAACUUGAUCAAUCUGAUUAUAAUUAAAAAGGAGGAAUCAGAUCAAGGAUAUACGAUAGAUCAAGAAGACGAAAUCCGCAAAAGAUCCCUUAAUGUCUUUUUAUACAUUCUGCGUCCACCAUUUUUCAAAAAAUUCAUUGAAAAAAAGUUUAAUUACUGUGUAAUAAAUGUGUGCCCAUAUGUACCCCUUGGCACGAAGAUCGCCAAGGUGAUUAUAAAGAGGUCUAAGCACGCCGAAAAGUCAUACUUUUAUUUAUGGUCGUCGUAG